AUGCAAUGGGAUAGGAUUCAAAUUUUAAUUGACUCAAUUGAAGAAGAAUUGCUACAACAAGGUGAAGAAUCGGAAAAUAAUAAUGUUCCUUACAAGUAUCAGACAUCUGUGGUUCGCACCAAUUGCAUGGACUGCCUUGAUCGUACGAAUGUUGUACAAUCUGCUUUGGCUAAAUGGACGCUAACCCAACAAUUGCGAAGUGUUGGUGUGCUGAGCAACAAAGAAAGAAUUGAUGAAAUUGUCGAUUUCAUGGAAAAAUUUAGAAAUG